AUGGAAGGUGAUUUCAGUGACACAGGCGAGGGAAUGGGUGACAUUGAACUGCUUUGCGAACACCUCCUCCGUCGGUUCCGCAAUGUCGUUGCAGUAUGGAUCGAAAUGCGCACCUCGCCCGAAGUCGAUACUAUCCCCGGCAACCUAGCCUAUGCCGCACGUCUGCUCAACAUGACAUCUGUCGACAAUUUCAGGGACGUUAUUCGGGCUGCUCUCUUCGACGCUGACCGCGACCCGUUCGUCGCCGCCUGUCGCCUCUGCGACCCGGCUGCCGCCCCCGUGCGCUUUACCUAUGAUCCCGCCAUGCCCGUCUCGCCCCCUGUUCGGAGCUGGCACUUUGCUUGCUUGCCCGACUUUAUUCACACUGUCGCCGGCAACAACACCACAGCAGCAUUUCUCCUAGAGUGGGCUACUACGCGGUCCGCCCAGCGUUUCGAGACGCUCCACGACGCGCCUCUCGACGUCGAUGAUAACCCGCUGUUCCCCGACAAUCAGCACCCCUUUUCAGAGGCUGAAGAGGUCGUCUCCGCCAAACUGCCUGCUGAGGCUGCCGUCUUUGCCUUGACGCGUCACCUUGCAGAGGUCGCCGUCUCCAUCGCUACCCUCGCUAGCCUCCUUGUGGAAAGGGGUAUCAUUACGCCAGUCGCGGAUACGACGUCUUCAGACCCCUACAAACCAGGCCAAUCCGGAGAACCGCCGUCGUCCGAGAAUCCUCGACCUGUGCAACGGCCAUGGUUUUCUUCGUGGCUCGGUUACAAACCACCAGAACAAGCAAAGACGACAUCAGCCAUUUCAGACAAUGUGAAUGCUCUGUCAGCAAUCCGCAACGGCACCGUGAUACCCGUCAUCCGUCUCAUCGGUCAGGCUGCCGCCGGUUUCGGUAGUGUGUGCGUGCUAUCGGCGGAUGUCCUGAGGGAUCUCGAUAAUCUGGACCGCGCAGGCCCAGCCGGUUGGGAAACCACAGAAGCGUCUGUACGAGCACCCGCGUCUCCAGUGAUAGAUUUUGAAGCAGCGACGAUGGUCGAGCUGAAGCACGUCGUCCACACGAUCGAUCCGAAGCUCGAAGCCGAGUCCUUGUCCAGACCAUCCGAGCUGAUACGAGGGCUUAUAAAGGCGUGGCCUGCUCCUCGCGUGGCAAUGCAAAUGAAACCCCCGAACCCCGAGGGUUCCACGAGAGCUCCGCGCAAGGCCGAUCCCCUGAGACCUUGGAACGAUCGGGAGGCGGAAUUUCUAGAUAGGCUGAGGAGAGGUGGCAUGCUUACCCAACCACGAGGCUUAUUCGAUAUGUUUCAGGGAUUUCGUGAGGCUAUGUAG